GAAAUCCUGGACAGGCCAGGCCCUUCGCCUCAGCGUUCUAUCCAGCAACAAAGGCACAAUGUUUCGUCGUCCUGAUAGUCGUCCCCGCGCCCCCCUCACUCCUCCCACCCUGUCCACCCGUGCCAGCACCGCAGAAGGCUCCCCUCUGGUCACGCAGGACGUCCGCUACAGCAUCAAGGAGGAUGACCAUCCCGAACUGGCCAAGUGGGCCCUCUCCCGGGCCUCCCGCGGCCUCAAUGCAUCGCAAAAGGCCCUGCUCUUCGCCUUUCUGGCGAAUGCCUUCUACUUUGCAGUGAGUGUGGGGACGACGAUAUUCAACAAGGUACACAUACCGCUGGGAUGGGAGUGACCAACCCGAGAAUGCGCACUCCACUGCACUGCCGCAUCCAUCACACAAACCCUGUUCGUUCUCCUCCCUCCGUCGUGGUUGUGUGGUGUGGUGUGGUGUCUUGUAUUGUGUGUGCAGGUGGUGUUGACGUCUUACCAUUUCACCCUGGUCAACGUGAUGCUGCUGCUGCAGAACCUGCUGACCCUUGUGGUGCUGGUGCUGCUCAAGCAGAUUGGGUGGCUGAGCUUCCCGCCCAUAACGCUAGACAGAGCCCUGGAGCUCCUGCCCCAGUCGCUAUACAACUUCAUUCGGAUCGUCGCCGGCCUCUGGAGCCUCUCCUAUCUCAACAUCCCAACCAACAGCGCCUUUUUACGGGCAGGGAGCGUCGUCACGCUUAUCGGAGAGUAUCUGUUCCUGCGCUACGUGGCGUCGGGUCUCAUCUGGGUGUCGGUGGUGGUGCAGGCCGUCGGUGCGGCCAUCACCACGUGGGCCGACCUGUAUCUCACUGCGAUGGGCGUCUUGUACGUGUCGGUGUCCAUCGUCUUCUGUGCGGCCUUCCUGGUGCAGAUGAAGCGGGACCUGCAGCAGCUCGACAGACGGCGGGAGGAGACGUCCAUCUCCUUCCUGCUAUACCAGUCCCUCUGCUUCAUCCCGCUCCUGCUGGCCUGGGGCGCCCUCUGCGGCGAGUUCACGGCCCUCCGCUCCUCAACGCUCUUCCACAGCCCCGGGUUCGUCGCCUCCUUCAGCCUUUCCCUCGUGCUGGGGGCGCUGCUGGCCUACUCAACGAUCCUGGCGAACCAAUUCGCCUCGCCCGUGACGGUGACGGUGACGGGCAACCUCAAGGCCCUCACCACAGACGUGCUGGGCAUCAUCCUAUUCCCCGACGUGGACCUGUCUUUCGGCUACCUCAGUGGGCUGGCGGUGUCCUUCUCGGGGGCAUUCCUGUUUAGCUACGCCAAGAUAGAGGAGAAUCGGCGGAGGGACAGCUGCGGCAGCAAGCGUCGUGCAGACAUAGAGGAGGGGCGCGGGAGCGCGCCCGCCACUGGCAAUGGCAUGAUAGAUACAAACAAGGACAGAGAGAGACAUGGCUCCUACUAUAGCACGGGCUCCAUGUGCCCCGGUAGUACCACUGUGGGGGAUGAGAGCGAGGAGAGCAACUCAUCCGACGGGCUGGAGGGAGGCUGCCCCGUCCGCCCAUGAGCACGGAGGACAGACAGAGAGCUAGAGAGGGGGGAGGGAGGAGGGGCUUCUGAUUGUACAGCUUGCUUGCAUUGGACGGUUGUGGGUGGAUCCAUGAGUGAGUGCAUGAGUGCGGGAGAGUGAGUGCGUGUGGGUGUCUGGUCUGCCUGCGGUGGAUUGGAUGGAUGGAUGGAUGGUUGGAUUGUGGAUGGUUUGGACCUAUCGAAGUAUGCGUUCAGUCUUCCCCCUGCUG